AUUUCUAAUUUGGAAAAGAGAAAAGCUGGUGUACCAAAUCUGAUGGUAAUAAAGUUAUUCAUGAAGAUGAAUUAUCUGAAAUGAAAGACACCCCAAUGGAGGAAGACACCAUCGACAAAAUCUCUGAUUGUAGUAAAGACUACCCUAUGGAGGACAUUCACAUCUCUCAUCAAAGAAAUGACCCCCUAUUUGAUGAUACUGUUGACAACCUCUGCAGUGUUAUGGAAAAUGUCAAAAUGAGUGAGGUGGAGAAAGACUUUGAAGACAAAAAACGGAAGAAGAGAAUCAAGAACAGUUUGCAUGAACUUGAAUUGCAAUUGACAGAAAACAGAAUUAUGGAGAAUGAAAGGGAUUUAAGGUCAAGCAGUCGAACAACACAAACCACUGAAACACGAACAAUGGAAAAUCUAAGACCACUUGAGAAUCUGUUUAUUGACCUAGAGGCAGAAGAGACAAGUUGGAAGAUGGAAUCACUAGAAAAUGUCAAUGAUGUGUUACUUUCUGAUACUGAAGAAAGUUUUGAAAAUGAAACAGAGGUACACUUGGGAAAAAAGCCAGAUAACAAUAUGCAAAUAGAGAAUUUGGACAGUCUAAGAAAACUAAUUCAAAAUGGACAAAUAGGCUUUGGAUCUCACUUCCGAGUAAGAAGAAGACAACUAGGAUUUUAUGAGUAUUAUCAUCACUUUCUAACACUGGAGGCAAACAACCAAUCCAUGACCGUUCUUCACCUCACAAUAACUGGGCCAUUUAAUAUCUUCUGUAAAGUCAAGGUUGACAAGAGAUUGGAUAAAGUUGUUUUAUACUUUAUCAAAGUGAACAAAGAAUCACUAGAGCCAGGGUGA